CAAUGGCUGUAAUUCUAUUCAUGUUCGUUCUCAGUGUUGUUUCACACAACUUAGUGCACAUGAUGCCACGUACACUUGCUCUAUCUUUGAGUUCAGAGAGUGACAAGCUGGCUUUACUUUCUUUGAAGCAGAAGCUUAGCAAUGGAGAGCCUAAUGCACUUCCAUCAUGGAACAACUCUUUGCAUUUCUGUGAGUGGCAGGGUGUUACAUGCGGACAUCGCCACAUGAGAGUCUCUGUCUUGCGCUUGGAAAAUGAAAUCUGGGGUGGCACUCUUGGGCCAUCUUUGGGAAAUCUAACCUUCCUCACAACCCUCAUUCUUUCCAACAUCAACUUGUAUGGGGAAAUUCCAACACAAAUUGGUCGACUAAAGAGGUUGCAGCUUCUUGACUUGAGUUACAACAAUCUAAAUGGUCAGAUUCCUAAACACCUUACCAACUGCUCUAAACUUGAGGUCAUUAAGUUGUUGGAAAAUAAACUCACUGGAGAAGUUCCCUCCUGGUUUGGAAUUGGAUCCAUGACACGGCUAAAUAAGUUGCUUCUUAGUGGCAAUGAUCUAGUUGGUACCAUCCCACCUUCCUUGGGGAAUCUUUCAUCCCUUCAAAAUAUCUCACUUGCAAGAAAUCAUUUGGUGGGAAGUAUACCACGUGUUUUGGGUCGGUUAUCAAAUUUGAAAAAGCUGAAUCUUGGUUUAAAUACUUUGUCAGGAGUAGUCCCUGAUUCUCUUUAUAAUCUUUCCAAUAUUCAAAUUCUUGCUCUCAAUGAAAACAAGUUAUCUGGGACUUUUCCAUCGAAACUGCAACUUGCUUUUCCACAUCUUAGAGGAUUCUUGGUUGGAGAGAACCAGUUCGAUGGAACAUUCCCGUCUUCCAUAUCCAACAUCACCGGAUUGGAAAGGUUUGAUAUCUCCUCAAAUGGUUUUAGUGGGCCAAUUCCUCUCACUCUGGGAAGCUUAAAUAAACUUCAACUGCUACACAUUGGCUACAAUAGUUUUGGAAGUGGGAGAGGUCGUGAUUUGGAUUUCCUCUCAUCAUUAACAAAUUGUACUCAACUGCGCAUACUUAUUUUGGAUGGAAAUGGAUUUGGUGGCGAGGUGCCAGGUCUUAUCGGCAAUUUUUCUACCUAUCUGAGAACUCUUAGUAUGGGAUUGAAUGAAAUAUCUGGAACGAUACCUGAAGGAAUUUGGCAGUUAAUCGGUUUAACCGACUUCACCGUGCAAGAUAAUUAUCUAGAGGGAACUAUUCCAGAUUCAUUUGGAAGGCUUAAAAAUCUGGUAGGAUUGGACCUGGGAGAAAACAAAUUGUCGGGUAAUAUUCCUACUGCCAUUGGCAAUCUCACUAUAUUGUCUGAACUUUCUCUGCAUUCAAAUAGUUUUGUUGGAGGCAUUCCAUUAAGUCUCAAAUACUGCACGCGAAUGCAGACAUUUAAUGUUUCCACCAACAAUUUAAAUGGAGAUAUACCUAAUCAAACAUUUGGCAAUUUUGAAGGUUUGGUAAAUCUUGACUUAUCUUACAAUUCUUUCACUGGUUCCAUCCCUUCAGAGUUUGGAAACUUGAAGCACCUUUCCGGUCUGUAUCUUCAGGGAAACAAAUUUUCUGGUGAAAUACCUGAACAGCUUGGCGCUUGUUCCGGGUUAACAGAGCUUGUGUUGCAGAGUAACUUCUUCCGCGGAAGCAUACCUUCGUUCUUGGGCUCUUUAGGAUCCCUUGAAUUCCUCGACCUUUCUAACAACAACUUCUCGAGCACAAUCCCUGUCGAAUUACAAAAGUUGAGUUAUUUAAAUACUUUGAACUUCUCUUUUAACCAUCUUUAUGGUGAGGUUCCCACAGGAGGUGUCUUCAAUAAUGUUACAGCAAUUUCACUCAUUGGAAAUAAGGAUCUCUGUGGGGGAAUACCUCAACUGAAGCUUCCUGCAUGUUCUAAGGUUCCUUCAAAGAAACACAAGCGGUCUUAUAGAAAGAAAGUCAUCCUCAUCAUUGCAAUUGUCGUUGGAGUGGGUUUGGUUACUUCAACACUGUUUGUCACCAUCCAUUUGUUCAGGAAAAGGCCCAAAGCACCAUCGACUUCAUGGUCUCCUAAAAAUAAGUACGUGAAGGUUUCUUAUGGAGAUUUACACAAAGCAACCAAUGGAUUUUCUUCAUCCAAUUUGGUGGGGUCUGGAAGCUUUGGUUCUGUAUAUAGUGGAUCACUUCUCCCUUUCAAAACACCUGUUGCUGUGAAGGUAUUGAAUCUUGAAAGGGUUGGGGCAUCAAAGAGUUUCGAAGCUGAGUGCAAGGCUUUAGGAAGGAUCAUGCAUCGGAAUCUUCUUAACAUCUUGACUUGUUGUUCAAGUAUUGAUUAUAACGGUAAAGAUUUCAAGGCUAUAGUUUUUGAGUACAUGCCUAAUGGCAGUCUAGAAAGUUUGCUGCACGACAACUCUAGAAAUUUCAGUGUGAACCUUGAUCUUGCGGUAAAUAUUGCUCUUGAUGUUGCUAAUGCAUUGGAUUAUCUUCAUAAUGGUUCUGAGCAAGCUGUGGUUCACUGUGAUAUUAAGCCAAGCAACGUUCUUCUUGAUGAUGACAUUGUUGCUCACUUGGGAGAUUUUGGGUUAGCAAGGCUCCUUCAUGUGGCGACGGGACAUUCCAGCAGAGAUGAGGUUAGUUCCUUUGCAAUUAGAGGAACCGUUGGAUAUGUUCCACCAGAGUACGGAACAGGUUGUCGAGUAUCAACUAAAGGGGAUAUCUACAGCUAUGGAAUUCUUGUGUUGGAAAUGGUGACAGGAAGGAGACCAAUAGAUGCAGUGUUUGGUGAGGGUCUAAGUCUACACAAAUUCUGCCAAAGGGCAAUUCCAGAAGGAAUCACUGAGAUAGCAGAUUCACGUUUGCUUGUGUCAAAUGUUGAAGAAGGAAGAAGGAUGAUGGAAAGCAAAGUUAGGGAGUGUUUGGUGGCCUUAGCUGGGAUUGGAGUUGGAUGUUCUGCAGAAUUACCUGUUGAGCGAAUGGACAUUAAAGAUGUGGUAUUGGAACUGCACUCAAUCAAACAGAGGCUGUGUCACUAAGUCACUGGUUACAUUUUUUUAAAGUCUUUCACAUGUUAAUCUCCUUUCAAUUUCUUCAGUUUCUGCUUAGUGGUGUAAUUUGUUUCUCAAUAAUGAAAAAGGCUUUGGAAAUAAAGACCUCGAGAUAAAAAAAGAUUUA